UGUCCGUUCAGCACCACCGACUGUGUGAAGAGAGUUAAAGCGCCGACAGUCGGCAUUUAACGGCGGAGAGCUCUGGAGAUCGCUCGUUUGGACGGCUACUUGUUUUGGAGUGAUUUUGUUAAAGCGUCAAGGAGUUAAAUGCAUCUGGCGCGUCAGUGAGAAGGACUCCAACAGUUUGUUUAACAUUCACUGACUCUGAGCGCACUCGGUUUUUACUGGAAAAAGCUUUGGAUUUCCAAACCAAUUACAGCUAAUCUCCGUUUUCUCGGGUUUAUGCUUGUUUUGAGUGAUUUUUUCUUAGCUUGACCUGUUGCCGUGCGCAUUUUGUUAUUUUUAUUUUUGAAAUAACAUAAUUAGCUAAAUGUUUUUUAAGUAGCCUACUGAUUUUAUUGUGGAAUUUCGUCUAUUCUAUGCUAAACGUCUUCUUCAGUCCGACUAACUGAAUUCACGCAAGUUUUAUGCCUUUUUAAGAUAGAAAGGUCGUAAUGAUAGCUAUUUUUGUGCCACUGCUGCUUGUAUACGCGUCAGGGAGCAGCGAAGUGGCUGGCGCGAGUGGCCCGAAAGGAAACCGCUUCGUGUGCACGGCCGUGCCCGCGGGCACCGACCUCAGUUGCCCGGUGGACACGAGCAGCCGAGUCCAAAGCACUAGUCCGCAGGAGGAGGAGUUGCGGAAUACUAUCAUUCAGCUUCGAGAGACCAUCCUGCAGCAGAAGGAAACUAUCGUCAGUCAGCAGGGCACCAUCAAAGAGCUCAACUCCAAACUCGCGCGCUGCGAGGCGGACGCCAAGUCUCGGGGCAGCGCGCGCAGGAAGGAUUAUAGUAAAAACACUAUGGGGGAUCUGCCGCGUGACCCCACCGAGACUGUGGAGCAGCUGGGUAAGACCAUGCAGAGCCUCAAAGGCCGACUGGAGAACCUGGAGCAGCAGCUGCGUGUCAACACAUCAGGUGGGACGUUUCCCAACGAGUUGAAAGACCUGCUGAAGCGCCGUCUGACGGACCUAGAGAGCCAGCUGUUGACCAGAGUGCUCGAACUCGAGGAGGAAAAGAGCCAGCUAUACAACGAGACAGCCACUCACCGUCAGCGCACCGAGAACACCCUCAACUCAUUGCUGGAGAGGAUCACCGAGCUGGAGAAAAGCAACAAUGCAUUCAAAUCUCCAGAGGACUUUAAGGUGUCUCUGCCUCUGCGCACCAACUACCUGUACGGCCGCAUCAAAAAGAGUCUGCCAGAGAUGUACGCCUUCACUGUGUGUAUGUGGCUUAAAUCCAGCGCCAAUCCUGGAAUUGGGACCCCGUUCUCCUACGGCGUCCCGGGACAAGCCAAUGAGAUUGUGCUGAUUGAGUGGGGAAACAGCCCCAUGGAGCUCCUCGUCAAUGAUAAGGUAGCUCAGCUUCCUCUCUCUGUGAGUGACGGCCGCUGGCAUCACAUCUGCAUCACCUGGACAACCAGAGAUGGCUUCUGGGAGGCCUAUCAGGAUGGAGAGAGACUAGGGACCGGAGAGAACUUGGCCCCCUGGCACCCAAUUAAACCUGGAGGAGUCAUUAUCCUGGGCCAAGAACAGGACAUUGUAGGUGGGAGAUUUGAUGCCACUCAAGCUUUCGUAGGAGAGUUAAGCCACUUCAACAUGUGGGACAGAGUCCUGCGUCCUAUAGACAUCUCUGCUAUGGCCAACUGCUCAGCCUACAUACCUGGCAAUGUGGUGCCGUGGGUCGAUGCCAAUGUGGAAGUAUUUGGCGGUGCCACAAAAGCAGCACUGGAGAUUUGUGAAGACCGUCUCUUUGAUUCCUAAGGACACGUCUGUCAGUUUGGAAGCAUUCUCAUUAUAGAGGUAACCCACAUCUCAAUACUGCACUGGGAACUUACAGAGAUACAAAGACAGUUCAAAAGAAACACAUGUUUACAGGUUUUCACAUGAUGGAUUAUGUCGUCCUCAAUUCUGCUUCAUGUUUUUUGAGACUUUGCUGUCAGUCUGACCAAUAACUAAAAUGACUGUGAUUAAUUACUAAAAAAAAAAAAAUCUGUCUGCACAUUCAAGGUCAGAAUAGAGUUUUUGCGGCUCUGGAUAAAGCAAAACUUUCUUUUCGAUAUUAUAUAUGCUUUUCUCUGUGUUGUGUCCUUCAGAUAUUUCUUCUCUCCUCAAACUCAUGUGUAUUUUAAGAACUGCAGUAAAAUAUUUUUUUUGCCAUUUCCACUUUGAGCUUUUAUCAUGUUGCGUAUAGGCCCAUGCCUUUCAAAAAAAAAAAUUCAACUGCAUAGUUUCAACAUGAGCUUUAUUAAGCAUUAUUGAAUGAGCUAGUUUGUGACUUUGCAAAUAUGGAGAAACACUCAGACGGAAGUGUCUUUAUGUCUGUGAUCCAGAGAUUACUGGAGAGAACAUUCACAAAAAAAAGAAAUUCAUCUUUAAUAUCGCUAUCCCUCAGCAGCUGCUGUCUCGAGCUGAUCUGACAUCCAGAAACCUUAAAGUAGAAAAGCUGCCAAGUACUGACCUGCAGCUCUCAGAAGCCCCCAGGAGAAUGUCUGGCUGCAGGACAGGACGGGACGGGACAGGACGGGAUGGUUUGGCUGAAGUGGUUCAUCUCGUGAAGCUAUAGUUUGAGUUCAUUCAGUUUGUGAAUCGCAAAUUGUGGUUUCUUUGAAACGUUUACAAAUGAUUUCGACAUGUGCAGAACAUGGUGUUAUGAGAUUAACUGUGAGAACUCGACCCGGAAUGUGUGCUAUACUUUUUUUUUUUUUUUUUGCAAAGUUUUACUGAAACAAAAAAAUAUAUAUUUUUCAUUGAGAUUAGGCACUAAUGAGUGCUUGCACUUAUUUAAAGUCCAGUGUCAGGAAG